GCUCGCCAUGCCUCGUCGCAAGAAGAAGACCAAGGACCUGUUCGAGGACGCCGAGGGCGGCGACCUCUCGUUCCAGCCGAAUCCUGAGGUUGCGGCCAAGUACGAGGCCAAGAAGCGGCAUGAGGAGCUCUCGCGGCUGCGCGACCUGUAUGGCGACGCCGAGUCGUCGUCGUACGAGUACUCGGAGGACUCGGACGGGUCGCAGGUUAACGAGGUGGUGCUGGAGAAGAUCGGAAAUGUGCUGCAGGCGAUCCGCAACAAGGACCCGGCGAUUUACAACUCGGAGGUCAAGUUCUUUGAUGGUACAGAGACCGAGGCCAGGGCCAAAGCCGAGGCCGAGGCCAAGAAGAAGAGCAAGAAGAUGACGCUGGCGGACGUGGAGCGGGCCAAGCUGAUGAAGCGAAUGGAGAACCCGAACGCGUCGUCAUCAUCGUACUCGGAUUCAGACGACGAGGGCGCGUCGGCCAAGGGCGAGACGCAUGUGGAAGAGCAGGCGCGACUGCGCAAGGCGUUCAUCCAGGCCGCGUCGGGCUCGGGUUCGGGCUCAGGCUCAGGCUCAGGCUCAGGCUCGGGCGACAUGGGCCUCAUGCUCAAGAAGGUGCAUCACGCGCCGGAAGAGCUAGAGCCGCUGGCGGAGACGCAUCCGCUGUCACGGUACUUUGACGAGAGCAAGACCAACGACAACGACGCAUUCCUGCGCAACUACAUUCUCGAGGGUGGGUGGAAGGCGCCUAAGGUCUCGCUGUCGCAGGCUGUCAACGAGCCCGGGCACUACGAGCCCGAAGAUGUGGACGACGAUUCCGACCGCGACGCGGUGGAGCUCGCCGAGGCGCACGAGCUCAUCCAUAACUUCCGGCACGAGGAGGGCGACCAGGCGCGUGAGAUUGUGACGUACGCGCGUAAGAUCGAGGGCUCGCUCCGCAAGUCCGACACGCGGCGGGCAGAGAAGCGCAAGGCGCGCGAGGAGCGUAAGAAGGCCGCGCUCGAGCAGCGCAAGGCCGAGGUCCGCCGGCUCAAGAAGCUCAAGGAGGAGGAGAUCAAGGCCAAGCUCGCCGAGCUCGAGGCCAUGGCCGGGACCAAGGGCUUUGCGGCCGACGACAUCGACGACGAGUUUGAUCCUGAAGCCCAUGAGAAGCGAAUGCAGGCCCUGUUCAACGAUGAGUACUACGGCGAGGACGAGGGUACCAAGCCUGACUUUGACGUCCACGACGACGACGAGUGGUUCGACAAGGCCGGCAUCAAGAUCGCCAAGUCGGACGACGACGGCUCGGGCUCGGACUCGGGCGACGACAACGGGUCGGGCAAGAAGGGCAAGGCGUCGCGGCGCGAGAAGCGCAAGGCCAAGCAGGAGGAGCUGCAGGCCAAGGUCAAGGGCAAGUCGCUCGACGACCUGUACGACGAGCUGUUUGGCCUUGACUUUGAAGACGUGGCCGGCGGCAUGCCGGUUCGGUUCAAGUACCGCAAGGUCAAGCCCGAGACGUUUGGCAUGACCAUCAACGACAUUCUCACGCUCUCGGACGCCGAGCUCAACUCGAUUGUGGGCAUCAAGAAGCUCGCGCCGUACCGCGAUGACGUCCAGCCGCAGCGGUACAAGCGCAAGUUUUCCAAGUUUAUGGCCAAGUACGCGCAAAAGAACCCGGACAAGGUCCAGCCGCGGACCGCGGAGGAUGAUGCCGAGCCCGAGCGCAUCCGCGAGGCGUGGAAGACUGUCGACCUGCGCGAGACCAAGGCGCGCCUCGCCAAACUCGACCGGAAGAAGACCAAGAAGACCGAGGGCACCAAGCGCCGCCAGGCCAAGUCGACUCAGGCCGCCAAGCGCAAGGCCAAGCGCGCAGCACGCAAGGCCGCCGCUCAGGGCGGCGACGGGCGUGCAGACAACGAGGCCGCCUCUCCGUCAGCUGAUGACGGCCAGGACGCGCCGUCUAAGAAGCGCAAGCGCGAUGACGACGACGACGACGACAGCAACGAGCGCGCUGGAAAGAAGGCCAAGUCCAAGGACAAGGCCAAGGCCAAGUCCAAGGACAAGGUCAAGUCCAAGUCCAAGGACAAGGCCAAGUCCAAGUCUAAGGGCAAGGCCAAGUCCAGCGACAAGGCCGAGUCGAGCGGAAAGAAGCACCGUCAGACCGAGGCCCGGUUCCUGUACGCGGUCGGCCGCAAGACCGGUGUGCCCAAGGAUCGGAUGGCGUCGUACCGGAUCAAGAAGACCUUCUGAUGCCUCGCCACUCCUCGCGUCGCCGUACGGUACAGUGAGUGAUCGCCAACUACACUGACCAACUUGCAGCAGAGCAGCCCUUUGCAAUACAAAAAGUGGACAGAUUUGCGAGUGUUCGCGCCGUACUGCCGUUUGCUUUACGUUUACCGGGAGAACUGGCGGCCCUUGGUGUUCUUCAUCUUGAACCGGGAGGCCGUGCUGGUGG